AUGAGGAGCGUCCAUCAAGAGGAGCGUCCAUCAAGAGGAGCGUCCAUCAAGAGGAGCGUCCAUCAAGAGGAGUGUCCAUCAAGAGGAGUGUCCAUCAAGAGGGUUGUCCAUCAAAAGGGGCGUCCAUCAAGAGGAGCGUCCAUCAAGGGGAGCGUCCAUCAAGAGGAGCGUCCAUCAAGAGGAGUGUCCAUCAAGAGGAGUGUUCAUCAAGGAGUGUCAAUCAAGAGGGACGUGCAUCAAGAGGAGCGUCCAUCAAGAAGGGCGUCCUUCAAGAAGAGCUUCCAUCAAGAGGAGCGUCCAUCAAGAGGAGUGUCAAUCAAGAGGGACAUGCAUCAAGAGGAGCGUCCAUCAAGAAGGGCGUCCAUCAAGAGGAGCGUCCAUCAAGAAGGGCGUCCUUCAAGAAGAGCUUCCAUCAAGAGGAGCGUCCAUGAAGAGGAGCGUCCAUCAAGAGGAGCGUCCAUCAAGAGGAGCGUCCAGCAAGAGGAGUGUCCAUCAAGAGGAGUGUCAAUCAAGAGGGACGUGCAUCAAGAGGAGCGUCCAUCAAGAAAGGCGUCCAUCAAGAGGAGCGUCCAUCGAGAAGGGCGUCCUUCAAGAAGAGCUUCCAUCAAGAGGAGCGUCCAUGAAGAGGAGCGUCCAUCAAGAGGAUCGUCCAUCAAGAGGAUCGUCCAUCAAGAGGAGCGCCCAUCAAGAGGAGCGUCCAUCAAGAGGAGCGUCCAUGAAGAGGAGCGUCCAUCAAGAGGAGCGUCCAUCAAGAUAAGUAUCCAUCAAGAGGAUCGUCCAUCAAGAGGAGCAUACAUCAAGAGAUGGGCGUCCAUCAAGAAGAUCGUCCAUCAAGAGGAGCGUCCAUCAAGAGGAUCGUCCAUCAAUAAAUGGGCGUCCAUCAAGAGGAUCGUCCAUCAAGAAAUGGGCGUCCAUAAAGAGGAGCGUCCAUCAAGAGGAUCGUCCAUCAAGAAAUGGGCGUUCAUCAAGAGGAUCGUCCAUCAAGAGGAGCGUCCAUCAACUCCAAGAGGCGCCGAAGGCCUCCACGAAGUGCUGUAG